AUGAAGUUAAAGACGGACGAAGGAAAGGACUAUUACGAUCUCUGGUUUAUUCUCUAUUCGGUGCGAACCGCGGCAGUGUACUCUAAGCAUGAUGCAAGUGUAAAGGCGGUCGUGAUGGGGGAUGUAAGCAUAUUGCAGCUGCCAUGUACGCUCUGAAGCAUUUGUUAAAUACCCGUGGUGAAGAAAGUGUAACGAGUGGCCCAUGUGUUUGGGUUAGGAGGCCAAGAGCAAAUAUGCAAGCGUGUGAAGUAAAAGAUCUCUUCAUUGAGAAAGGCAAAAAACCUUCCCACAAAAAGAGAAAACGAAAGCAAGUUUACUCUCAAAACAUUGAAACAGAUCUCUGUGCCCUUGAAGACACAAAUCCACCAGAUGAGGAGCAUCUAAGAAAGUUUACCAAACGAAUGUGCCACUUGAAAAAUACACCUGUUAUUUUGCCCCUGUUUAAAAAACUUUAUGGCACUCCAGAAGAAGACACAAUCACAGAAGAACCUGGCCAAUCUAACCAUAAUCGACUACAGACCGGUAUAAUGAGUGCUAAGCUCCUGGAGAUUUUAAGUAAUGAUCCCAAAACCUCUACAGAAGAAAUUGUCAAGUUAUUGUCUUUUAGUGACACUGAACGAAAGCACCUAGCAAUGGCAAUGUGAAGAGUGGUACCUUCAUAAGACAGGAUUCAUCACAGCCUCAAAGUGCAAAAGAGUUUUCACCCGCCAGGAAACACUUGAGCCAAAAAUGCCAAAAAGUUGAGAGAAGAAAUUGGUCUUGUGAAGUCAUGUCCACCUCUCAUCCAGGAGGAAAGAGAACCACAAAAUGCCAGGGAGUAGGGGUUGUUUCACGAAGAGAGUGCUCGUAA